GUCUUUCAGCAUGGCGAACUUGGCGGAAGCUACUUCUUCUCCGCAAUUUGAGAAACUGCUGCAGGACGCUGGCAAGUCCCUUGUAGUUGUCCAUUUCCUGGCACCAUGGGCUCCGCAGUGUACUCAAAUGAACGAUGUUAUGGCAGAACUAGCAAAGGAGAAUGCCCAGGUCACGUUCGUUAAGCUUGAAGCAGAAGCUGUGCCUGAGGUAUCCGAGAAAUAUGAAAUCAGUUCUGUUCCAACAUUUUUGUUCUUUAAGAAUAAUCAGAAGGUUGAUAGAUUAGAUGGUGCCAAUGCUCCGGAGCUGACCAAGAAGGUUCAUCGCCAUUCCAGUGCUGCAGUCCCCAUGGGAACGGGUGUAGCUGCUAAAGAGGAUCUAAACGGGAGGCUGAAGAAGCUGGUGAAUGCAGCACCCUGCAUGCUGUUCAUGAAGGGAUCACCCCAGGAUCCCCGCUGUGGAUUCAGCAGACAGAUAGUGGAGCUCUUCAAGCAGCACAGCAUUCAGUACAGCAGCUUUGACAUCCUGUCGGACGAGGAGGUUCGGCAGGGGCUGAAAACUUUCUCCAACUGGCCCACAUACCCGCAGGUGUACGUCAAUGGAGAACUGGUUGGGGGGUUGGAUAUUGUAAAGGAACUCGCAGAAUCAGGAGAACUGGAGAAUACCUGUCCAAAAGCAGUUACACUUGAAAACAGGCUAAAGUCACUGAUCUGUAAAAACAACGUAAUGUUGUUUAUGAAAGGAAAUAAAGAGAUGGCUAAAUGUGGAUUCAGUCGGCAGAUGAUAGACAUGUUGAACAGCACUGGUGUUGAAUAUGAUACUUUUGACAUACUGCAAGAUGAGGAAGUUAGACAAGGUCUGAAAACAUUUUCCAACUGGCCAACAUACCCUCAGCUUUAUGUAAAAGGUGAACUCAUUGGAGGACAUGAUAUAGUGAAGGAACUUAAAGAAAGCGGUGAUCUAGAGUCAGUUUUGAAAGGAGAAAACUAAUCGUCAGUGACAUCACAGAAUGAACUGCAGGAGAUUCCAGAAUUUACUCCAUAGUCAAUAUCAUAGAAGUCGGGCUGGACAUUUAAUUGCGUGUCUCAUUUUUCUUUUUCAGAUUAAUUUCUGAAAAGGAGUUGCAUUCUAAACUCAAGAUUAGUGCUAAUCGUGGUCUGUGAAAUCAGCCGAUUUAAGAUGAAUUUUUUUUUUAACCCUAACCACAAUAAAAGUGUGUGGUUUUGCGUUUGAGUUUGUCUAGUAUUUGUCUAUUGCUAAUUAGGGGGGGCAUGAAACGGCUGUUUUUGAAGAGUGUUAAAGAUAGUCGUCGUUGUAUUUAAAAUAAAGACCCCCCCCACCCCCCUCCAAAAAAAAAAACAAACCAAAAAAACACGAUGGAGUCUGGUGUGUUUGCUGCAGAAGUCUGGAGGGAUGACUGGCACUAUGCCUAUGGCAGUGUUAUGCAAUUAGCCGUUUUCAAAUACCUAUUCAUGCUGCAGUAAGCACACCUGCACUCGAGUAAAUACACUUUCUGGGCCCAAAGGACAAAGGCACAUUGUCUAUAAGGAAUAAAAUCCUUUAAAUGGCAUACAACUAGGAAGAAACAACUUGGUUGCAGCUAGAAGCAGGUUCCGAGCAAUCCCUGCUAGUUUCAAGCCUCUCAGAAAAUGUGCCCUUGUGCUUGUUGAUAAAUAGGGCCAUACGUCUAGAUUAUAUAUUAUAUGUGACUUCUUUCUAAAGUUAAUAUUUAACAAAACACAGUACUUAACAGAUAUGAAAGAUUUAGACAAACACUUAUUUAAGUUGACAAGAGGUCCAUAUGACGUCUAAUUGUUCAGGUCAGUAGUGAAAGCUAGGAAGUUUGUCUUCGGAUUCUGACACAUGACCACAAGAUGGUGUCAUUUUCCCAUAUUCCUAAAAUGCAAUGGCUUUCAUGAGGCAUUGUGCUUUUUCAUACACAGUGUGCUUUGGGUAUUCUAGAUACUAACAUUUGGCUUGGUGGUAGAUACGACUAUACAUUUUAAGUCUUAAGCUUCAUUUAGUAUAUAUUUAGCACUGUUGAGUAUUUCAUGGUUAUGGAUGAUUAAUUUUUUAAACAAAACUUGAGACAACUUUCAGCACAUAUUAAAGUGUUAGAGAACUAUUAGACUGAACUGAAAGCUGAAAUGGAGCUAUCGGCUUUUCAGACAAGGAAGGUGCUAACAAAUAACAGGGAAUUUUUCUUUCAAUUUGUAUUUUUUUAACCCUGUAUGUGCAAAAAGCAUGAUCCUUUAUAUGUUUGUGUUUAUCUGCACCAAUACCAGUAGUAUGCCAAUGUGUAAUCCUAAUUAUCCUUUAUGAAGUGUAAUUAUGGUGUGCCAAGUGAUAGUACUUUGGUGUCUGAAUGAUGAAAACAGGAGAUUGCAAGUGCAAACGCCAACCUUCGUUGAGUAGCUUUGGAAUUUAAAGUUAGGUACACAGCCACACAUGCAUAUUAAGAGAUUCGAAAGAGAUUAGAAAUCUGCUGCUAUUCUGAACAAAAGCCUAAUAGAUCCAAGAUGGAAUUCUGCUGCUUUUACAGACACUAGUAUUUUAUCUAGACACUAGUAUGCUUUUAUAAUGUAGGGUUAAUGCUCCAGACAGUCCUAACUUCAUACAGAAUGCUCACUGACCUGUAUAAUACUCUCUGUGUCCUAUAUAAUACAUCCAGUAAACCUGUCACUCAAACUUUCUUUAGAAAAUAAAUGUUUAUUUCAGAACAUCA